AUGACACAGGACGCCAACAUCGAAGCUCUCGUUCUCUCCGGAGAGCUGUUCAACGGACCUGAACGAUCGUCUUCGCCAACCCGCACGCCUUCGCCAGACAAUGACCCCGGAUGGCACGACGACGAGUACCAGCAAGCUAUGCAGGAACAGGGCACCAAUACCCGCGACCUAACGCUAGACUACGACUCUGACGAUGCACGGCGAGACCUCUACAAAGCCCAGCUCGCUAAAGAGAGGGACCAGCAAGAAUCUAUUGGUAUGGGCCCUGGAAGGACGGGUGUAAAGGGUGUCAUUAGGGAUAGAAAUGAAGCUGAGCAGCUUAUGAAGGAAAAGAAAGCAAAGGAGGUGGAAGAGAUGAGGUUGAAGAUGGAAAAGAGUAGUUUAGGAGGGAAAACGUAUCUGGAGGAAGAGAGGGAGAAGGCUGCGAGGGGUGAAAAGGCAGAUGAGUUGGUCAUGAAGGAGAUUGAGAAACAGAACGAGAAGAGGGACGUGUGGGGUAGGAAACGGGAAGGCAGGUUUGGUCAUCUCAGGGAGGUGGGAUUAAGAGGAUUUUUGGACGCCGUCGAGAAGGAAGACAGUAUGACUUGGGUAGUUGUCCAUCUAUACGACCCAUCAUUAGAACGCUGCUACCUCCUGGAUGACAGAUUAGGUCGCCUCGCCCGACUGUACCCUGACACAAAAUUCCUCCGAGCCCGUGCAGCAGCCCUUGGCUUCACAGCAGGCGGCUCGGCCCCCGCUCCCCCAAAACCCGCGCCUAGAGUAUCCAACAAACUCUCUAGAAUCCGCGAGGACGACGACGACGACCCGUACGGAUCAGAUACGGAAGACUCAAAGGAGGAAGACUUGGUCGAUGACGACGAUAUUGAUCUCGAUAUGCUUCCGACCCUGCUCGUUUAUCGGAACGGGGAACUCGUACAUAACUGGGUCCGAGUCGACUGGGAAGUAAAGGACUGGGAUAUCGAAGGAUUCCUCGACAAGUACCACAUUCUCCCUCAUAGAGGCGCUCAUCAUAACCUGGGUCUACCGAGCGAUGAUGAAGACGGGGACGAUUUCGACCUCGAAUGGAGUGACGAGGAUAUAUAA